UGGACGCCCCUUGGUUUUCGGCCUGUGUUGUGUUCGCGUUGUUUGGCUCACUGUGCAAAAUGGCCACGUCCCUGGGAUCAAACACAUACAACAGACAAAACUGGGAAGACGCGGACUUCCCAAUUCUUUGCCAGACUUGCUUAGGAGAAAACCCUUACAUUCGUAUGACCAAGGAAAAAUAUGGGAAAGAAUGCAAGAUUUGUGCACGUCCAUUCACUGUGUUUCGGUGGUGUCCUGGGACACGGAUGCGCUUUAAAAAGACUGAAGUCUGUCAGACUUGUAGUAAAAUGAAGAAUGUUUGUCAGACCUGUCUGCUGGAUCUUGAAUAUGGUUUACCUAUUCAGGUCAGAGACACAGGGCUUGCCAUUAAAGAUGAUAUUCCAAGGUCAGAUGUGAAUAAGGAGUACUACACACAGAACAUGGAAAGAGAGAUUGCAAACUCAGAUGGCACGCGGCCUGUAGGACAGAUUGGUAAAGCCCCUAGUUCAAGCGACAUGUUGCUAAAACUUGCCAGAACCACACCUUACUACAAGCGGAAUCGACCUCACAUUUGCUCCUUCUGGGUGAAGGGAGAAUGUAAAAGAGGAGAGGAGUGUCCUUACAGACAUGAGAAGCCCACAGACCCUGAUGACCCACUGGCUGACCAGAAUAUAAAGGAUCGUUAUUAUGGCAUCAAUGACCCAGUAGCUGACAAACUAUUGAAACGAGCCUCAACUAUGCCCCGCCUUGAUCCACCUGAUGAUAAGACCAUCACUACUUUAUACAUUGGUGGAUUGGGAGACAAUGUCACAGAUGGGGAUCUCAAGGGCUUCUUCUACCAAUUUGGUGAAAUUCGCACCAUCACCAUAGUUCAAAGACAGCAGUGUGCUUUUAUUCAGUUUGCAACACGAGAUGCAGCUGAAAUGGCAGCAGAAAAGUCAUUUAACAAACUCAUUAUUAAUGGACGAAGGCUAACUGUCAAAUGGGGAAGGUCUCAGGCAGCAAGAGGGAAAGAUGGUGAAGGCAUCAGUGAGAUGGGCUCAAGGCUUGAACCUGUCCCGGGUUUGCCUGGAGCUUUGCCCCCUCCACCACCACUUGAUGAAGAGACGUCAGCAAACUACUUUAACCUGGACCCCAACAGCUCUCCUGCUGUUAUGAACAUAACAAUGCCCCCACCUCCAGGCAUGAACCCACCUCCACCAGGUUUUGGACCACCAAUGUUCCAUGCUAUGGGUCCAAUGGCUCCACCUAUGCCCCCUCCUAUUGGUAUGAGACCUCCUGGUCAAAUCCACUAUCCAUCCCAGGACCCUCAGCGCAUGGGUGCCCACUCCGCUCACGGCUCACGUCAUGAACAAUGAAAUCAGUGUAAUGUGCCUGGCCUGAUUAGACAGAUGGGUUUAGCAAACAUCUGCUACAAACACACAGCCUGAACUGUUAUAGCACCUGCGGUUACAGUGCCCAGUGUUCUUUGGUUGGUGGAAAAUUGAGCCAAAACAAAUGUACCAACAGCAUUUAAACAGGCUUUGACAUGGUAAGAUGGUACUAGACAUGAGCUGGCCAGAGUUGUUGGGCCAAUUAUUGCUCUAACAUCAGGAGCUUAUGUACAAAGCCAGGGUGUAACAUUUGUUACAUUGGGAGUAUCUGGCAAACAAUUUUAUCUUAAUUUUUAUUCAUUCUAAUUUUUUUAUUUUAAACCAUUGUAAAUGUCCACUAUGGGUUUAGUUUCUAAUAGCUGUAGUUUGAAUUUGUCAUUAAACCUCCCAAUUUUGUCAUCUUA